UCAACGCAGAGUACUUGGGAUCAUUCUUCGUUCGUUUUUCUUCAACGUAGUACGUGCUGCUGAAAAAUGACUGGUCGUGGAAAGGGAGGAAAAGGAUUGGGAAAAGGAGGAGCAAAGCGCCAUCGUAAAGUUCUUCGCGAUAACAUCCAGGGAAUCACGAAGCCCGCUAUCCGCCGUCUGGCUCGUCGUGGUGGAGUCAAGCGUAUUUCUGGCUUGAUCUACGAGGAAACUCGAGGUGUCUUGAAGGUAUUUCUUGAAAACGUCAUCCGUGAUGCAGUCACCUACACUGAGCAUGCCAAGAGAAAGACUGUUACAGCCAUGGACGUCGUCUAUGCUCUGAAGCGUCAAGGCCGUACUCUCUACGGAUUUGGCGGUUAAUAAUUCUACCACUUUCAUCUUUAAGCAAACAAUCGGCCCUUUUCAGGG